UGAACUCAGUUAGCAAGCUCGGGGAAGGAGGCAAUUUCCCGCAGCCGGCUCGGCUCGGCUCGGAGGGCUCGCCCACCCUCCUGCAGCUGCCGCGUGCCCUGAUUGUGUCCCUCUCCUCCCUCGUGGGGGGAACGGACCGACUUGGCUGCAGAAAAUGCCAAUUAUAUGGAUGUGACCGUGAAAAGGGAACGUGCGACUGCAAGAGGCAGAAGGGGACGAGGAAAAGCAUUAUUUGAAGAGAAGAAUAAACCAGCCACCCCGACCCUUUCUGCAAAUUGGUGCUAUUCCUUGUGGGGUCCAUUUGCUUUCAUUUCCUCCCACCCCACCCCUUAAGAAACCCCGACUUGAGGGCUAAGAGCCAGCCCCCUGCAGCCGGGGGGCGCUUCUGGGCUGGAAGACCUUCUGGAUGUAGCGUUGGUGGAACCUUUAGCUGCUCUCCUCUGCAAAAGCCACCAUGAAUUCGGUCGCUGGGAAUAAAGAGAGGCUUGCCGUCUCCACCAGGGGCAAGAAAUACGGGGUGAAUGAAGUCGGCUCGCCCACCAAGCCCGCAGCGCCCUUCUCCCCCGAGAGCUGGUACCGGAAAGCCUACGAGGAGUCGCGCGCCGGGAGCCGGCCCACUCCCGAGGGCGCGGGCUCCGCGCUGGGCUCAUCGGGGACCCCGUCCCCCGGCUCGGGCACCUCGUCCCCGAGCUCCUUCACCGGUUCCCCGGGCCCCGCCUCCCCGGGCAUCGGCACGAGUUCUCCGGGCUCCCUGGGCGGAUCGCCGGGCUUCGGCACGGGCUCCCCGGGCUCAGGCAGCGGCGGCGGCUCCUCCCCCGGCUCGGACCGCGGCGUCUGGUGCGAGAACUGCAACGCCCGCCUGGUGGAGCUCAAGAGGCAGGCCCUGAAGCUGCUCCUCCCGGGGCCCUUCCCCGGCAAGGACCCUGCUUUCUCAGCUGUGAUUCAUGACAAACUCCAGGUCCCCAACACCAUCCGGAAGGCGUGGAAUGACCGGGACAACCGCUGUGACAUUUGUGCCACACACCUGAACCAGCUGAAGCAGGAGGCCGUCCAGAUGGUGCUGGCCUUGGAGCAGGCCGCUGGCAGUGAGCAGUACGACGCCUCGCCUGGCUCGCCCCCGCCGCUCUUCAGCAUCCCCACCCUGGUGGGGUCCCGGCACGUGGGUGGGCUCCAGCAGCCCAGGGACUGGGCCUUUGUGCCCGCCCCCUAUGCCACCUCCAACUACACAGGCCUCGUCAACAAGCACAGCAGCAAACCCAGCAGCCUUGGGGUCAGCAAUGGGGCGGAAAAGAAGAGUGGGUCCCCGACUCACCAGGCCAAGGCCAGCCUCCAGAUGGCCACCAGUCCAAGCAAUGGGAACAUCCUCAAUUCAGUGGCCAUCCAGGCUCACCAGUACCUGGAAGGCACCAGGUCCCUGUCGAGGACCAACGGGGUCACGCUGUACCCAUACCAGAUCUCCCAGCUGAUGACAGAGAGUGGCCGGGAGGGACUGACCGAGGCAGUGCUGAAUCGCUACAAUGCAGACAAGCCUUCUGCCUGCAGCGUCCCCGCCUCACAGGGCUCCUGCUUGGCCAGCGAGACUUCUGCAGGCACCUCGGUGGCCGCUUCCUUCUUUGCACGAGCUGCCCAGAAGUUAAAUCUGUCUUCUAAAAAGAAGAAGCACCGGCCUUCCGCUUCCUCCGCUGCCGAGCCCCCGCUCUUCGCCACCAGCUUCAGUGGGAUUCUGCAAACCUCCCCUCCCCCAGCCCCGCCCUGUCUGCUGAGAGCUGUCAACAAGGUGAAGGACACCCCGGGCCUGGGCAAGGUGAAAGUCAUGCUUCGCGUCUGUUCUACCUUGGCUCGAGAUACCUCAGAAUCCAGCUCUUUCUUAAAGGUGGACCCACGGAAGAAGCAGAUCACCUUGUACGAUCCCCUGACUUGUGGAGGUCAAAAUGCCUUCCCCAAGAGAGGCAACCAGGUUCCUCCAAAGAUGUUUGCCUUUGAUGCGGUUUUUCCACAAGAUGCUUCUCAGGCUGAAGUGUGUGCGGGCACCGUGGCGGAGGUGAUCCAGUCUGUGGUCAACGGGGCAGACGGCUGCGUGUUCUGUUUUGGCCACGCCAAGCUGGGAAAGUCCUAUACCAUGAUUGGAAAGGACGGUUCCAUGCAGGACCUGGGCAUCAUCCCCUGCGCCAUCUCUUGGCUCUUCAAGCUCAUAAACGAACGGAAGGAAAAGACCGGCACCCGUUUCUCAGUCCGGAUCUCCGCCGUGGAAGUGCGGGGGAAGGAGGAGAACCUGCGGGACCUGCUGUCGGAGGUGGCCACGGGCAGCCUGCAGGACGGCCAGUCCCCGGGCGUGUACCUGUGUGAGGACCCCAUCUGCGGCACGCAGCUGCAGAACCAGAGCGAGCUGCGGGCCCCCACCGCGGAGAAGGCUGCCUUUUUCCUGGACGCCGCCAUCGCCUCCCGCAGGAGCCACCAGCAGGACUGUGACGAGGACGACCACCGUAACUCACACAUGUUCUUCACACUGCACAUCUACCAGUACCGGAUGGAGAAGAGCGGAAAAGGCGGAAUGUCUGGAGGUCGCAGCCGUCUGCAUCUCAUCGAUCUCGGCAGCUGUGUGAAAGCACUUAGCAAAAAUCGGGACGGAGGCUCGGGGCUGUGCCUCUCACUGUCUGCUCUGGGCAAUGUCAUCCUGGCACUCGUCAAUGGCAGCAAACACAUCCCAUACAAAGAGAGCAAGCUCGCCAUGCUGCUGCGGGAGUCUCUGGGGAACAUGAACUGCCGCACCACCAUGAUCGCGCACAUCUCGGCCGCGGCCGGGAACUACGCCGAGACCCUGUCCACCAUCCAGAUCGCGUCGAGAGUCUUGAGGAUGAAGAAGAAGAAGACAAAGUACACGUCCAGCUCCUCUGGGGGCGAGAGCUCCUGUGAAGAAGGCCGCAUGCGCAGGCCCACCCAGCUGAGACCCUUCCACAGCAGGGCCACAGGGGACCCAGACUUCCCCAUCGCCCACUUGUCCAGCGACCCCGACUACUCCUCCAGCAGCGAGCAGUCCUGUGACACUGUUAUCUACAUUGGGCCCAACGGCGCAGCCCUGUCAGACAAGGAGCUCACGGACAACGAGGGCCCCCCCGACUUUGUCCCUAUCGUGCCAGCCCUGCAGAAGACCCGGGGCGACAGCCGGCCCACAGAGGCAGGAGAGGCUGCGGCCAGCAAGUCAGAAAGGGACUGCCUGAAGUGCAACACAUUCGCCGAGCUGCAGGAGAGGCUGGACUGCAUCGACGGCAGUGAGGAGCCCAGCAAGUUUCCCUUCGAAGAACUGCCUGCUCAGUUUGCAGCAGAGCCGGCCAGCAGAGCCCUGCCGUUAAGCCAAGCAGCUGGGGCAAACCCACUCUCUGAAUCUGAUAGGGAAGAUAAUGGGUCCGAAGGUCAGCUGACCGACAGAGAAGACCCUGAAAACCAGGCCUCCAAGAUGCAGAGGAGUCACUCACCCGUGCCCGCCUCAGCACCCGCCCACAGCCCCAGCCCAGCCUCACCCAGGAGCAUCCCGGGCAGCAGCCAGCACAGCGCCUCCCCACUCGUGCAGAGCCCCAGCCUGCAGAGCAGCCGGGAGAGCCUGAACUCCUGCGGCUUCAUGGAAGGUAAGCCCAGGCCCAUGGGCUCCCCCCGGCUGGGCAUCGCCAGCCUGUCCAAGACCUCAGAGUACAAGCCACCCAGCUCUCCUUCCCAGAGGUGCAAAGUCUACACCCAGAAGGGGGUCCUGCCGUCUCCCGCCCCCCUGCCUCCGUUGAGCAAGGAUUCCAGCAUGGUGUGUAGUGAGUCCUUGCUGCAGCCCGAGGUGCGUACACCCCCGGUCGGAAUGAGCCCCCAGAUUUUGAAAAGGUCCAUGUCCACUGGAAGCAAAGGGUUCCCAGAAGCUCCUGUGGACGAUGAGCCUGAAGCAGUGACUCCUCCAGAUUCCAAGAAGGAGAUCCUGAGCACCACAAUGGUGACCGUGCAGCAGCCGCUGGAGCUGAAUGGUGAGGACGAGCUGGUGUUCACGCUGGUGGAGGAGCUGACCAUCAGCGGGGUCCUGGACAGCGGCCGCCCCACCAGCAUCAUCAGCUUCAACAGUGACUGCUCCGUGCAGGCCCUGGCCUCGGGCUCACGGCCCGUCAGCAUCAUCAGCAGCAUGAGCGAGGACCUGGAGUGCUACUCCGGCAUGGCCCCGGUCUCUGAGGUCAGCAUCACACAGUUCUUGCCCCUCCCAAAGAUCAGCCUGGAUGAGAAGGCCCAGGAGGCAGGGAGCAGACGCUCUUCCAUCAGCUCCUGGCUGAGUGAGAUGAGCGCGGGCAGUGAAGGCGAGCAGUCGUGCCACAGUUUCAUAGCCCAGACGUGUUUUGGGCAUGGGGAGGCAAUGGCGGAACCCGCGGCCUCCGAGUUUGUCAGCGGCAUCCAGAACGCGGCUGUGGUGUGCAGAGCAAAGCCCAGUGCCGGCCCCGACAACUUGCUCAUCCUGUCUGAGAUGGGGGAUGACUCUUUCAACAAAGCAACUCCCAUCAAAGGCUGCAAAAUAUCUACCCUGGGCAAGGCCAUGGUCACCAUCUCCAACACGGCAAAUCUCAGCAGCUGCGAGGGGUACAUCCCCAUGAAGACCAAUAUCACCGUUUACCCCUGCCUUGCCAUGAGCCCCCAGAGCAUCCAAGAGCCCGAGGCCGCCACUGCCACCCCCAAAGCAGGCCCCACGUCAGCCCAGUCCCAGGAGAGUAAGGAAAACAGUGCAAAGAAAGAGAUGAAGUUUGAGGACCCCUGGCUGAGACGAGAAGAGGAAGUGAAAAAAGAGAACGCUCCUCCCAGUGAAGAUGGGAUCAGGUGUGAGCGCGCCACGGGUCCCUCGAAGGCCGAGCCCAGGGCAGAGCAGGAGCAGGACAGAAAGCCCAGCCCGGACGACAGGCUCAGCAGCAGCAGCGGGGAGGUCGCCGACAGCUUCAGGAGGGUCGUGGAUGGGUGUGAGAUGGCCCUGCCUGGUUUGGCCACCCAGAGCCCCGUGCAUGCCAACAGAAGUGUCAAGUCCAGCAGCCUUCCUAGGGCAUUUCAGAAGGCCAGCCGGCAGGAGGAGCAGGACAGCCUCUUCUAUUACUGUGCUGCUGAGACCAACGGGGUGGGCGCAGCCUCGGGCACCCAGUCCUCCAAGGGUACCCUGGAGAGGAAGGUGGCUUCCCCCAAGCACUGUGUCCUGGCUCGGCCCAAAGGGACUCCCCCUCUGCCCCCUGUCCGAAAGUCCAGCCUGGACCAGAAGAACCGGGCCAGCCCCCAGCACAGCGCCAGCAGCAGCGGCACCAGCAGCCCCCUGAACCAGCCAGCCCCCUUCCUGGCGGGCCUCCCAGAUGAGCCCAGCGGCAAGAUGAAGGACGCCAGCAGCAGCAGCAGCAGCAGCAAGCUCUUCAGUGCCAAGCUGGAGCAGCUGGCCAGCAGGACCAACUCUCUGGGCAGGUCGACAGUCAGCCACUACGAAUGCCUCUCCCUGGAGCGGGCCGAGAGCCUGUCCUCCGUGAGCUCCCGGCUGCACGCGGGCAAGGACAGCACCAUGCCCCGCGCGGGGAGGACCCUGGGCCGCGGCGCGGGGACCUCGCCCCCCAGCUCCUCGGCCGGGGCCUCGCCCAAGGCCAGCCAGGCCAAGGUCUCCGCCGUGAGCAAACUCCUCCUGGCCAGCCCCAAGGCGCGCAGCCUGUCCGCCUCCGCCACCCGAACCCUCAGCUUCUCCACCAAGUCUCUGCCGCAGUCGGUGGGCCAGAGCCCCGGCGCGCCCGCGGGCGGGAAGCCCCUGUCCUGGUCCACGCAGUCGCUCAGCAGGACCCGCAGCGCAGGCCUGGCCUCCAAGCUGCCCCUGCGCGCCGUCCACGGGCGCAUCUCGGAGCUGCUGCAGGGCGGCGCGCGCGGAGCCCCGGCGGGGGAGCGGCCCGAGGACAGGCCCGCGCCGCCGCUGCCGUCGCCCUACAGCAAGAUCACGGCCCCGCGGAGGCCGCACCGCUGCAGCAGCGGCCACGGCAGCGACAACAGCAGCGUGCUGAGCGGGGAGCUCCCGCCGGCCAUGGGGAAGACGGCCCUGUUCUACCACAGCGGCGGCAGCAGCGGCUACGAGAGCAUGAUGCGGGACAGCGAGGCCACCGGGAGCGCGUCCUCGGCGCAGGACUCCACCAGCGAGCACAGCGGCUCCGCGGGCGGGCGCUGCCGCAGCCUCAAAACCCCGAAGAAGCGGCCCAGUUCAGGUUCUCAGAGACGGAGGCUCAUCCCAGCACUGUCCCUGGACACCUCUUCCCCCGUGAGAAAACCCACCAACAGCACAGGCAUCCGCUGGGUGGACGGCCCCUUGCGCAGCAGCCAGAGGGGCCUUGGGGAGCCCUUUGAGAUUAAAGUCUAUGAAAUCGAUGAUGUGGAGCGCCUGCAGCGGCGGCGAGGGGGCACCAGCAAGGAGGUCCUGUGCUUCAACGCAAAGCUGAAAAUCCUGGAGCACCGCCAGCAGAGGAUCGCCGAGGUCCGCGCCAAGUACGAGUGGCUGAUGAAGGAGCUGGAGACAACUAAGCAGUAUCUGAUGCUGGAUCCCAACAAGUGGCUCAGUGAAUUUGACCUGGAGCAGGUUUGGGAGCUGGAUUCCCUGGAGUACCUGGAGGCACUGGAGUGCGUGACAGAGCGCCUGGAGAGCCGCGUCAACUUCUGCAAGGCCCACCUCAUGAUGGUCACCUGCUUCGACGUCACCUCCAGGCGCCGGUAGAGAGCCAGACGCUUGUCCUAGCGGCCCCCCUGCUCCCUGGGACUUCAGAGAUGUCGCACGCCCCUCGGCCCUCCGUGCCGGAGCAUCAGAGACAAUGAAUGAGGAUGAAGGUUGGUGGGAAGUCUGGAGUGAGUUGAGCGGAAGGCGAGUUUUCUUUUGUUUUCUGUAGGAAGGGUGCACAUGCCAAACCCCCAUGGAAGGAGAAGAAAGUGGGAAGCCCGAGGGAUGUCCACGCCCUGUGAGACUGAAAUAGCACUUUGAGGACCUUUACAGACCUUGUUUGUACAUAAGAACUGCGAGCGAAAGAGACCUCACUCUUCUCUUGCGUUCGUGAGAAAGGAGUGGGGUGGACGUGGGAUUGCUGGGGAACGUGAACACAAAACAACAAAGACCCAGAGGGACGGAUGAAGUGCCUUGCAAAUCUUUAUUAUCCAAACGCUUAUGUUCAUACUUUCUUGUGUACAGAUGGUGCUAGUCAAGAUGAAAACAACAAAACAAAACAUUUUUGAAACAUAUUUACAGCCCGUUUUCUCUUGGUGUUUUAUCCUAUUUCUGACUUCCUGUUUCUAAGUAAGUUGUGUUUGUAGAGCUAUUUCCUAAUCAAUCAGUAUUGCUUAUGAAUAAAUGUUAACUGUCCUCUAUGGUUA